AUGUCAAAUAUUCCUGCGGACUAUCCUUUGAAAUCUUCUGAGGAUUAUCAAUUAACAACCUCGGAUGAAAGGGUUAUAAUUGAACUUUCUUACUUGAAUGAAAAGUUUUUAAAGGACUUGAAUAAGUUUGUCGAAUCUUUCAAUGGAUUCUUUUUGCAAUCACCAAAAGAAUGCAAAGAUACCAAGUCACCUGGAAAAUCACCCGCAAAGUCCCCAAAAAAUAGUGAUCUUGUUAGAUAUGUUUCUACCAAUUUUGAUGCCGAACGUAUCAAAGAAGUAAUCAGCACAUGGGAAACAAGUAUUGGAAAGAGACUGUUUGGAAAUGCAGAAAAAGAGCUUAUUG